GCGAAACCCGAAAGCGCACUUCGCUUAUGUUAGAGUAACGUACCAGGUUUUUUUUACACCAAAAAAAGUACGUGUUGCUUUAAGCAACAGCCGUUACUACCCUUAGUUUUCUUUUUACACGAGUUAGUAGUAUAAUGCGGUGCCCUCCCAAGUUUUUGUUUUGCUGUGGAAUUCUGUGGUUCCUGCUGUUUGGCGAGAUAAAGUCGGAGGAUACACCGAUAUCGUCAUGCGAAAUCGAAAGACUACUGAAACCGAUCCUGUCACCUCCGGAGGAUCGCACAAUUCAAGCUCAAGCGUUGCGUAUGCGGUUGAUGAAUCUAAUUCGACAGGGGUUGGAUGAGCAGGUUGAUAAUGGGCUUGAGGAGAAGGGUUGGGAUGAUAUGGCGACGAAGCGAAGUUUACAGUCGCUUGCGCGCGAGGGGUACCUAAGGCCGAGUGAGGAAAGCGCGGAUGAUGGCGACUUGAAGAGGAGCAUUCAAAGCUUAGCCCGGAUGAAUCAGUUUCCCGUUCAGAGUGACGACCUGAAGCGCAGCAUCUCCUCGUUGGCCAGAAACGGCGAGCUGAUCAACAAUCGCAGGGAGAUGGAGGAGCUGUUGGACGAAAUCAAUGCGAAAAGAAACAUCGGCAGUUUGGCUCGAGAUUUCAAUUUUCCCUCCUACGGUAAGCGAUUCCUCGGCUCUUUGGCUCGCAGCGGAGAUCUAAGCCGAUUUGAGUCGGGCAAGCGAAACAUCGCCUCCAUUGUUCGCAACGGCAAACGUAACUUACCGGAGGGUUACGACGAUUACAAGAGAAACAUCGCGUCUUUAGCGCGAGGCGGCGGUAAAUUCGUCGGAAAACGUAACGUCGCGGCUUUACUGCGCCAGGAUAAUUACGUCAACGAGCAGAAUAGGCACGAUACCGACAGCACGCAUAGUCCCGACGUGGAAGGGGAGGAGGCGACCGAAUCCAAGCGGAAUUUGCCUUCGAUAAAGGCAGGUUAUAAGCCCAAGUUUAAACGGUCAACCCCUUACACUGGCGAUUAUACGUUGAGGAGCAAAAGGGAAACAGACUACUACGACGGGUCUAACGAGGAGUAUCUUCAGCCUGUUUAUCAAAACCAGAACAGUCGGGAAUACGACGAAAUUUUGCAGGCACUCGCAGAAGCCUACCCUAACAAUGACAAGAGAUUUUUAGGUUCGGUUGCGAGAAGCGGUUGGCCAUCGUCGUUGGUCAGAUAUAGAAAUCCCGAUAAAAGGCAUAUCGGGUCUUUAGCUCGUUUAGGUUGGCUACCCUCAUUUCGAAGCGCUAGAAGAUUCAACAGAUCUGGUAGAUCGACUAAUUACGAAGAAUGCCCCCCGUGCAGGGAGACUACCUCAGAUGGGGAAGCCGAAGACGACCCCUUCGCCCAAAACGCGGAGAAUAAACGAUUUCUACUAAUUCCAGCCGCCAAUCACCUACUUCUACGAAAAUUCCCCAUGCACACCUUCCACAAUUAAAGAUAGCAAGAAAAGCCCGUACUAUUUUCAUACGCCUUACUAACCUACCCACACUUCUGGGCACAUAUCUACCUUCCAUAUCAUUUUAACUAACCUCCCUCCUUUUCCUCCUCCAUCUGAAUUCAAUCAAGAAUAUCAAAUGAAACAUAUUCAGUAGGACAUAUUUUAAGAUUAGUAUUAGACUAGAGGGUGAACUGUACGAAAAAACUUUGGGCCAUUUGAUGAAUUUGGUUUUUAUUUUCUGGUACGCAACCGUGGCGGCUGGAUUUAAAGAAACGGUUUUCUAACUUAUGACAAUAUUGGAAGAAUAUUUGCUGUGUCAGACAAUAGUUUUACUUCCGACAAUAAAUGUUAAACAUAGACAAUAAUGUUAUUGACUUUUGUCUUUUAGUAUUUAGUGGAAAAAUAUUAAACUUAUAUUAAAUAAAAAGAUGUACGUAUACUUAAUGUAAGAGAAAGUCUAAUAAAAUAUAUUAUCAA